UGGCUUAACUAGACCGUCAAAUACUGGAUUCACCCGUUCGAGAUGUUGUUCCGCGAGCCCAUCAUCCUUUGAUUGGCGCUGCUUUCCGGCUUCUCUGACAUGUGCGUUUGAUAAGGAGGCCGUUCCAAAACGCCUUGCAAACGACGCUCUAUGGUUAUUUUCGCACGGCUGCUUACUACCAGGCUCAUCUUCAUUCUCUGCGGCAACCGGUUGACCCCGGUAGAUUCCAUCUAUCAUGAACCUCACGUCUUUCCUUCAACCGAAUAUCUUACCUCGCCGCAUUUUCUAGAAUGCCUCAUCGCAAACUCGCCCAACCACGCUUGUAUCACCAGCUUCAAGUCACCGACUAUGUCGCUGGGUGGCGCUGUCCCGUCAUUCUGUACUAGUACCUCUUCUCCUCAUCGCACUUUCUCCCCCGCACAGCCGCGCCUCUUGGGGCGGAUCUUGUACUUCGGGCCUCAGGUGUGCUGUGCUAUGCUGUGCUGUGCGAUGCUAUGCUACACAGGUCCCGGGUACGUGCGAGUAUAUGUACAUGGAGAGGUGAAUGCUCCGCGGGCCAGGUUGCGAGGUUUCGCAAUAUGAAUACAGAGGCCCAAGCGAGAGAGUGCAGGAUGACGAAGGGAGUAGGGCGA